UCCUAUGUGAGCUUCCGUAGAAAUGUACUCUGUCGGCACUUGUACUUUCCAUUCGAAACGUUGACUCGAAUCAACUGCACGCUGUACUGUUUAUUAACUUUAACUUUAACAUUUACGAGAUUACGAGAACAACGUUUUAGAUUUCAACAUGAAUGUCCAGCCAUCGAAUCCAAACAACCCAAUUGUGUUUUUUGACGUCACCAUCGGCGGGCAGGAUAUCGGAAGAUUGAAGAUUGAGUUGUUUGCAGAUGUUGUUCCAAAAACGGCAGAGAACUUUCGGCAGUUUUGCACGGGAGAGUUCAGGAAAGAUGGUGUCCCCGUCGGUUUCAAAGGCUGCACGUUCCACAGGGUGAUAAAGGACUUCAUGAUCCAGGGAGGAGACUUUGUUAAUUGUUCAUGA